UUAGCAUACCGCGAAGGGCUUCAAACAUCACCAACACCGAGUCGCUGUGCCUCCUCUACACCCAUCCGCGACUAGCGACUCACCGCCGCAAUGAUGAAUCUCUUCAGGUUAUUGGGGGAUUUAUCCCAUCUCUUCUCUAUUCUGAUUCUACUACACAAAAUGAAAACGUCAAGCAGCGCGUCUGGCAUUUCGUUCAAGUCGCAAUUCCUCUACCUCAUGGUCUACCUUACGCGCUACGUUGAUCUUCUAUGGACAUUCUACGAACCCAAACUGCUCUACAACACCGUCUUCAAGAUCGUCUUCAUCAGCACAUCUGCGUACACUGUCUACCUAAUGCUCAACGACUACAAACCCACCCACGACCCGAAUCUAGACACGUUCAAGGUGCAAUACUUGCUGGGAGCGAGCGCGGUGCUGGCGAUACUGUUCCCUUACAAAUAUACGUUCUCUGAGAUUCUCUGGGCUUUCUCAAUCUGGUUGGAAUCGGUUGCUAUCCUCCCUCAGCUUUUCAUGCUGCAAAGAACCGGCGAAGCCGAAACAAUUACGACACACUAUCUCUUCGCGCUCGGCGCGUACAGGGCGCUGUAUAUUCCCAACUGGAUUUACCGAUACUUCUUUGAGGUUCCCAAAUUCUAUGACCCGAUUGCGGUGAUCGCGGGCAUCAUCCAGACAAUUCUGUACACGGAUUUUUUUUACAUCUACUGGACAAAGGUCAUCCAAGGCAAGAAGUUCAACCUUCCGGUCUAGGAGCCGCGAGAGCUCGGGAAAGUUCACUUCUACUGUUCGCCCGUCCAGGAAGACGACGCUUGAGGUUCUUGUACCAUAAUUUGUAUGGAUGCGGCGUUUUGUAGGCAAUCUUGGCUGGUAGGCAAAAGCAUCGAUUGAUUCAUGCAUAGAACCAUUGUAUUUGUUUAGCUGGGUUUUUGUGAGCCCUAAUCGCAUUAGGGCCCGGAGUAUGGACAUGUAGGAGAUACGUUGAAUCAAUUAGAUUUCAAACACCUAACACCAUCUGGUGCUCUUUGAUAGCAACCCAGCUAUGGCUGGCAGUUAAUCAUAAAUAGCUCGUGCUGGGGGACGAAGAGCGACUGGGCUGGUUGUCUUAAAAGAUGUCUUGCAGCUGCUAAUCGUGAGUUGCAAAAGCCAUCCAGGUUACCUUGAUUUGGAGCUCA